AAGAGAGCGACAGUUCACGUCGAAGCUCGCUCCGAAGCAAGAUGGACCCUAUGUCAUCAAAUGUCGGGUUGGACCCAACAGCUACGAGGUACAGACUCGUGAUCCCGAGCCAAUCUGCAUCGGAGUGUAUCAUACUUCUGCGCUGACACCCUACAAGGCAACACCUGAAGAGAUGCCUACGCCCGUGUUAAAGUUUUACGUAUUGUUCGAGCAUGCUGCUGGUUAUGCACUCUUUGCGGUCAAAGAAUUUGAGGAGUUAGGGAUGUUGCUACCUCAGGUUGAAGCAUCUGUCACAGAUUUAUCUCGCUUCAAUUCAGUUGUAAAACUAGUUGGGUUCUCGCCUUUCAAAACUGCUUUAGCAGCUUUGGAAAGUAUAAACAAUAUUUCUGAAGGAGUUGUCCCUGAAGACUUGCAACUGUUUUUGGAUUCAUGUAUACCAAAAUCUAGAAAGAAAAAUAAAGUUGUGCUAGGAGUAGCAGAUCCGAAACUUGGAGCUAGUAUUACUGAAGCACUAAAUAUUAAAUGUGACCAUACUGGAGCCAUCCCAGAAAUCAUUAGAGGGAUAAGAUUUCAUUUUCAUAAUUUAGUGAAAGGUUUCACUGCGAGGAGUUCUGGAAUUGCACAGCUUGGGUUAGGUCAUAGUUAUUCUAGAGCUGAAGUAAAAUUCAAUGUCAAUCGUGUAGAUAAUAUGAUUAUACAGAGUAUAGCUCUGUUAGAUCAAUUAGACAAGGAUAUUAAUACAUUCAGCAUGCGCAUAAGAGAAUGGUACAGUUAUCACUUUCCAGAACUUGUAAAAAUAGUUCCUGAGAACUAUACGUAUGCCAAAGUUGCUAAAUUAAUAAAAAACAGAAAAGAACUUACAAGUGAGAAGUUAGAAACUUUGGAAGAAAUUGUUAUGGACAGUGCAAAAGCUCAAGCAAUUAUCGACGCAUCUAAAUCAUCUAUGGGAAUGGAUAUCAGCCCUGUCGACCUCCUAAACAUCGAAAUGUUUGCGGCCCGUGUUAUUGCUUUGGCUGAUUAUAGAAAACAGCUGGCAGAGUAUUUAAAAUCUAAGAUGGCAGGAGUAGCGCCAAAUUUGGCAACAUUGAUCGGUGAUCAAGUCGGAGCAAGACUAAUAGCACAUGCCGGUAGUCUUACUAAUUUGGCUAAAUAUCCCGCCUCUACUGUGCAAAUAUUAGGAGCAGAAAAAGCCUUGUUCAGAGCUUUAAAAACGAAAGGUAACACUCCGAAAUAUGGGUUGUUGUUCCACUCGAGUUUUAUUGGUCGUACGGGAACGAAGAACAAAGGUAGGAUUUCAAGGUAUCUUGCAAAUAAAUGUUCAAUGGCAUCAAGAAUUGAUUGCUUUACGGAUACACCAACCAAUAUCUUCGGCGAAAAGUUGCGACAACAAGUUGAAGAUAGAAUUUCAUUCUAUGAAACUGGAGAAAUACCUGAGAAAAAUAUAGAUGUGAUGAAGGAGGCAUUAGAAGAAGCUACGCAAGUAAUAGCCAGCAUAGAACAAGAGAACCCUAAAAAGAAAAAGAAAAAAGAUAAGAAAAGAAAAAGCGAAGUAUUAGAAAAUAGAGUAACGGAAGAAACAGAAGAACCGAAGAAAAAGAAAAACAAGAAAUUCAAAAAUUUGGAUGAAGACGGAUGA